AUGUUAUAAACUUAUAUAAAUAGAUUUCUAAUAAGUAUAGAGUUGUAUAAUUUAGAAUUUGGAAUUAUUAAAAAGGAUGAAUCAUUUAUAGUUAGAGAGGAAAUCAGAGAAAAUGAAACAUGGAGUGAUUUAAGAUAGAAUCGAAUUAAAUAGAUAAAAGAUGAUCUUGAAAGUGGAAAAUUAAUGUUGAUUAAGAGAUCAUUAAAUAAUCAGGAUGAACUCUACUUAUAUAGAGUAUUGUGAUUGAUAAAUAUGAAAUAUUCUUAUUAUGUUUAAUAUAUUAAGGUAAAGCUUCAUAUGCAUCUAGUCAAUGUAAAUUAAUAUUUUAUGAGGGAAUAAGCUCAGUUCAUUUGGCAGCAAGUUUAGGAAGAUUGAAGAUGCUAUAGGAUUUAAAAUUAUAUGGAGCUCAAUUUGAUGCUAAAGAUGAAUUAGGUAUGACACCAUUAGAUCGAGCAAUAUUAUACAAUCAUAGUGAAAUUAUAGAUUUUUUGAAAUAAAAAUAAUGA